AUGCGGCAACGCCAUUUCGGUCUCAACGGGACGUUUGUUGUGCUGUGGCUUACGCUCGCAUUCCAGCUCGGCAAGCAGGUCGCCAUAGGAUCUGUUUUGCCUUCUACGGAUGGAUUCUUGACGAAGCGUCUCGGUGGUGUGCCCAUCUGGAAGAGCCCAGUUUGUUUCUCUCCUGCCCAUUCUUCGCCUUACGAAUCUGCAGUUACAACCGUCCAAACUGGAACGGACUGUACGAAGUAUGGCGAUCCUCCUGCCAAAGUCCUUUCGGACUUCGAGUCGCCCGACGGACUGCUGGACGUGAUCGACGUUUGUCACGGCGAAAUCGUGACAAUGGCCGACAACUUGGGCUACAAGCGACGAUUUUGCUUCUUUGCCAACCCUAAGUCGACUGAAGAAAAACCUCUGCCUUUGCUUGUCUGGCUGCACCCUUCGCUUCUCACUGCGACUCUUUCAUUCCCUAUGUCAGGUAUUGACGCUGUUCGCGACACGCAGUCGCUCAACAACGAGGACCCUAGUCGUCUGGGGUUCUCAUAUAUUGUUCCUGCCGGUAGGAACAUUGUGCACCACUACCUAGAACCUAACCACCAGGGUCUUGGCUGGGAUAACUGGUACCGCAACCUUGACCGAUCUUCGCCCUCUUUGAAUGCCGACGUUGACCUCAUUGACAAGGCGAUCACCUAUGCAAAGGAUCAUAUCUCCGUCGACCAGCGACGUGUCUUCAUGUCUGGGUGGUCGAACGGUGGUUCUUUGUCAGAGUUGUAUGCCGCCAACACGGACGGAAUAGCGGCUGCGGCGGUCUACUCCGCUCCGGAUCCAUAUCGGGACUCGCAGGACCCAUGCGCACAGGUUCCGCAUCCCAAGUACGCGACCCCCGUGCGUGACGUACACAACUCUUGCGAUAUUGUGGGAACCUGCACCACUGGUCUGUAUUACUUCAACGACCUCAAGAAGCGAUAUGCAUCUCUGCCGCAGAGCAUUGUGGUCAUUGAUGAUGUGACCGCAGCGAUCAAGGGCAAGGAUGGCAGCGCAUCGUGCGACCCCGAUUGUCAGGGUCCCUGCGAGACUCCUGAGGGAUUACUCGCUCACACGCGCUAUCCCAUCUCGCGAAAUGAUGAUACAAUUUUUGCCUUCUUGCGCAGUAACCCUCUUCCUGCUUCCGGUACGUGGGGUCCUCCUCAAUAG